AUGCGCGAAACAAUGUACGCGAUUAUUGUGUCAGUGUUAGUGAGUGUUGUUUGUGCUGAUCUAAACUCAACGGAUGACGAAGUGCUUUCGGGCUCCCGUAUGUCCUGGAUGAAGGGGCUAAUGGACCAUCACGAUUGGCUAGAGGUGCUCGAUGCCAAUUUGACCCUGCCCCCGAAGUGUGCGUCAGACCUUCGAGAGUACGUGGUAGCUCUAAACAAAGGGCAGCUAUGGGCCUCAAAAAGAAAUCCUUUAUGGAUCCCCCCUGCCAAUGGAUCGGGGGAGUGGCAGGGGGUUGCC